UCAAAGUACAAAUAGUACAAUUGUCGUUCAGAUUCGAUUACAUAAUGAAAGAUAUGAGGAAUUUUGCAAAUGACUUUACCAAAACAAAGAUAUGAAUUACAAAUCGCUGGCAGCACACAAUGCCGCUUGUAACAAGAUAUAUCGCCAAUUUCAGGAUUGUGAGACUGAGCAUCCAUAUCGAAGGUUAGUGGGUUACUGCGAACCGAUUCACCAAGCUAUGAUCAAAUGCAUAAAGGAACAAAGAGAAAUUCAUAGGACAAAAAGCGCACAUUUCCUACGAAACAGAUUAAAGACUAUGGAACCGGCACAAUCAGAAAAUAGCAACGAUUAGUCGUGAACUACAAAAAUAAUUCAACUAAUAAUUUGAUUAUUCUAUUGAAAUCUGUAUGUGUUACUUGUGAUAACUCUAGAUUAAAUCAAUUCGAAUUGUAUAUACUCUUGUAUGUGCUAGUACAUACUUUUAACAAUCAAACAUGAAUUUGGAAUCAGAGGUUGAUGAGCCAAAAACUAAACGAUUGAAAUCUGAAAACGAUUAUGGAAAGAAAUCAUGUAAGAAGGAAGAAGAUAAUAUGCAAGAAAAUGCAGUUAAAGAUAUUGCUGAUGGAAGAGAAAUUUCUCUUCAAGAACAGGAGCAUGAUGAAUUAGUAGAUAGUAAUAAGGAGACAUUAACAAUUAUUGAUAGUGAUAAGGAGAUAUCGGCAAUUGUUGAUAGCGAUGAUGAGUCAUUUACAUUUCCUCCUGACGAGAAUGUCUCGGACAUGCUGGAUGAAGUACAAUAUAGUGGUAGUUUUCCUACUGUUACUGAUCGUUAUUUUACCCCUUAUUACAAAAUGGAUGCGCAAUCACUAGGAAAUGAUACGUGUAUAUGGAUUCAUAGUAAUCGUAUUUGUAUGCUGUCCUUGGCACCUAGUCACAUCAUUUUGCAAGACAACAAAGAUAUACAGAAAGUUAACUUUAAAGUUAGCGAUAAAUUGGAUAGAUCUCUGAAUAAAGUCUCGGGUAAAAGUAAGCAUGGUGCACAACCAUUGCAGACUAAUUCGAAUAUCUGUACUAUAUUAUGCAAGGAUGGACAAACGUAUGUUAUUAAAUGCUAUAUAGUCGGAAAGUUAGUCGAAGUUAACGAGGCAUUGUCAGAAAACCCGCAACUUCUCAAGAAACUCCCACAUAAAGGUGGAUACUUGGCUAUAAUAUUACCGAAUAUAAAAUUUUUGGAAAAUUUCAAACAAUCUGUGUCAACAUUAACUCAUGACAAAUAUAUUAAACAUAUUAAGGAAAAAGAAAAUAAGCAGCAAUAAUAUAUAAAUAAAGAAAAUUUCAAUUUAUAGUUAUUAUUAAGAAAAUGACUUGGUUAAGAAUUUCAUAACAGAGAUUAAUAAGAAACGAGAUGGCUAUUGUAAGAAUUAUUAAUAAUAAUUGAGAUUCUAGACA